GCCAGCCAUCAUGGAUCCUCUGUUGGAAGCCACCGGCACCUUUGCCUUAAACCUUCUGAAAACGCUGGGUGAAGACAGUUCAAAAAAUGUGUUUUACUCACCCAUCAGCAUGUCCUCGGCCCUGGCCAUGGUCCUCAUGGGGGCAAAGGGAACCACCGCAGUCCAGAUGGCUCAGGCACUUUCUUUAAAUAAAAGCAGCAGCAGUGGAGGUGGAGAUUUGCACCAGGGCUUCCAGUCCCUUCUCACCGAAUUGAACAAGACGGACACAGAGUACUUGCUUAGAACAGCCAACAGGCUCUUUGGAGAAAAGUCUUAUGAUUUCCUCUCAUCUUUUAAAGAUUCCUGCCAGAAUUUCUACCAAGCAGAGAUGGAAGAGCUUGACUUUCUGAAUGCUACAGAGGAGUCCAGAAAACACAUAAACACCUGGGUAGCUAAAGAGACAGAAGGUAAAAACAUAGUUUUUAUUUGUUGUUUCUG